CCUAAAACUACAACUCCCUUGACUCCAUAGCCUUGAGCCAUGGGUAGUCCAAGAGUGCCAAACGGCCUUGAUUCUCCAGAGGAGAGAGAGAUGCGCCCUUGGAGUAGAGAUGCGCACACGCCUCCAAGGCGCCUCCUUCGCCUUCCUCCCUUUCCUCGUCUUCCCAGGGAUGAGUAAGAGGGAGAGGAAGGUGUGGAGGAGGCAGGGAGAAGGCAGCAGAAGGUCCUUGGCCAAGGGGCCUUCCUCCUCCUCCUCCUCCUCCUCCUCCUCCUCCUGCCAGCCUUGGCGACCUUGGCUCCUUUGGAGAGAAGGGGCGUGCGCCCUGCCUUGGAGAGAGAAAGUUGCUUUUCGUGAUUGUGCACUUCCUGUUCAGACGCCUCUCCUCCUCGAUUGCGAAGGCACACAAACACGCCACACACUCACACCCUGCUCUGGCUCUGCUCCAGUCCCUUCCCUCUCCCUUUUCCUCCCCCCUCCUCCUCCUCCUUUUUGGGCAGAUCAGCAGCUGUCAGAAGCGUCUCCUUGCAAAGAGGAACCCGACCCAAGGCUGCCAGAGCUCUUUCUCUCUUUCUCCUCCCUCUUUUUCAGCACCCGCCUUGGCUAGGAGUCUUGUUUUGCAGCACGAAGAGGAAACCAGAUUUUCAAGUAGAAUUGCAUCUCUUUUGCUCUCAGUUCCUGCUCCUGCCUGGCAAGAGAAGGAGAUGGUCUUGGGCAUCUGACCAAAGCCAGAGAGAGAAAGUGAGUGGCACUGCAUGGCUGAGAGGUCUUUGCACUAUUGAUUCCCUUCUCUGCCUCUUUCCCUUUUACCUCCCAUGCGCCUUUUCCUUUUAGCUCCCAUGCACCUUUUGACUUCCUCCUUUCUGGCAGCCUGAGAUGCCCACCUGGCAACUUUGCCAAUCGCUCAGCAGCUGGGGCUCUUUCUGACAGAGCAAAGGAUUCCCUCCAACCUCAGUGUCCCAAAGAUUGCCAGGACUGGUACUCCUCCUUCUAGACCAUGGAUGGAACAAGCUUCUUGCACCUUUACACCAACCUAUUCCUUGCCAACUUCAGCGGUGCUCAUCAAACUUUCACCUUCUGCUGACAUCUCUCCUCUUUUUUUCCCUCUGGUUGACCUGAGGCUCUGCAAAAAGAAACAAAACCCAGCAGUUUAAAAGAUACCCAGAAGGGUUUUGCAUCCAAGACAACCUUGCUGGACAGGUUCCAUUUGCUCCUCCUUGGAUCACAGAAUUGGUCUGGUGGGUUUGGAUUGAACUGGCAUUAAAGAAAUGGGAAGCACUGCCAUGGACACCAAGAAGAAGAAAGAUGCCUCUUCCAGCUGCAGCAGCAAGAAAAGCUCCGGCCAGAAGAAGCGCUUGUUGCGAGUCCACAUCCCGGAUCUCAGCUCAUUCGCCAUGCCCUUCCUGGACGGAGAUGUGGACAAUUCAGAGAAACAUGCCUCACGAAAGGCAGAAGACAACUACACCACAGGCAGCCCUUCCAAAGGACUUUUCUCAAAGGGGCUCCAGAACCGGCCUUCCAGCCCAGCCUCUGCUCCGGUCAAAUCUAAGCAUAGCCCAGGUUCACCCAAAACAGUGUUCCCCUUCCCGUACCAGGAGUCCCCACCUCGCUCCCCGCGCCGCAUGAGCUUCAGCGGCAUCUUCCGCUCCUCCUCCAAGGACUCUUCCUCCCCGGGCUCCAACCCAUCUACCUCCCCUGGCGGGAUCAAGUUCUUCUCCAGAUCAAGAAAAACCUCUGGCCUCUCCUCUUCUCCAUCAACCCCAACGCAAGUGACCAAACAGCCAACAUUUCCUCUGGAAUCCUACAAACAUGAACCCGAAAGGCUAGAAACACGGAUCUACACGCCUUCCUCUCCUCCGGACACUGGCCAGAGGCUCGGUCUGCCUCCCGGACAAAGUGUGGCCAAGUUCCCAACCCCAGUGUCCACUCCCUGUGCUACCUCAAAAGCAAGAUGCGCCUACAUUUUGCUCUGCAUGCUGAGAAGUCUAGACACUUGA